CGUCCCGAGUUCGCCUUACCGUCUGCGGGAGGCAGGGGGCUGUGAUGGCUCCCCCAAGGAAAGGUGACCUGAGCCCGGAGGAGAAGGAUUUGCUGGGAGUGAUCGCCGCAGGAAACACCGAGGAGGCUGGGAGGCUACUGGGCAGCAAGAAUGUCCGUGUCAAUUGCUUGGAUGAGCAUGGCAUGACCCCUCUGAUGCACGCAGCCUACAAAGGCAAGGUAGACAUGUGCCGGCUGCUCUUGCGACAUGGAGCGGACGUUAACUGCAAUGAACACGAGCACGGCUAUACUGCCUUGAUGUUUGCUGGGCUUUCAGGAAACAAAGAAAUCACUUGGAUGAUGUUAGAGGCUGGAGCAGAGACUGACGUUGUCAACUCUGUGGGGAGAACAGCAGCUCAGAUGGCAGCUUUUGUGGGUCAACAUGACUGUGUGACUGUCAUCAACAACUUCUUUCCACGUGAAAGGUUGGAUUACUACACUAAGCCACAAGGCUUAGAUAAAGAACCAAAACUGCCAGUGAAAUUAGCUGGACCUCUACAUAAAAUUAUUACUACUACUAAUAUGCAUCCUGUAAAGAUUGUGUUGCUGGUAAAAGAGAACCCUCUGUUGGCUGAAGUGGAAGCACUGCAGAAAUGCUACAGGGUUCUGGAUCUCAUUUGUGAGAAAUGUAUGAAGCAGAAAGAUAUGAAUGAAGUCCUUGCUUUGAAAAUGCACUACAUCAGCUGCAUCUUCCAGAAGUGCAUUACGUUUUUAAAAGAGCGAGAGGAUAAACUAGAUGGAUUGAUCAAGAGUCUCUUAAAGGGGAGAGAGAAGGAUGGCUUCCCUGUAUACCAAGAGAAGCUAAUUCGAGAAAGCAUCCGGAAGUUCCCUUACUGUGAAGCCACAUUGCUGCAGCAGCUCGUCAGAAGUAUUGCCCCUGUUGAAAUAGGUUCUGAUCCUACAGCUUUUUCUGUACUUACACAAGCUAUUACUGGCCAAGUGGGUUUUGUGGAUGCUGAAUUCUGUACAACUUGUGGAGGAAAAGGAGCAGACAAAAGAUGUUCAGUAUGUAAAAUGGUGAUGUACUGCGACCAAAACUGCCAGAAAACACACUGGUUUACCCACAAAAAAGUCUGCAAGACCCUGAAGGAAAUUCAUGAGAAACAAGAACUAGAAGCUGCCAAAGAAAAAAAGAAGCAAGAAAAAAGGCAAAAGAAAGAAGAGGCACAACUAGCAGAGGGUGGUUCUACAAGGGAAGAACAGUCAGAUCCUGGUCCAGAUGCUACCAAAGAAGUAGACCCAAAUCACGCUACUGACCAAAAGGAAGAAGCUGAAUGUACCAAAGAGAUGGAAGCACUAUCUCUGAAUGCUGAGAGCCCACAGGAAAGUGAGACUGGCUUAGAUGACAUUGCUCUUCAGAAAGCUCAAGAUUCUGAGGAGUAAGAAGAGGGUAGGAAAGGACUAAAAGCAUUGGAAAGCCAACUGUCAAAUUGCUUUUUUACACCAUUUUAGGAAGCUUUAUCUGAAGGAAUUCAGUAGCAGUUAAGUUUCUGAAGAUAACUCAUCUGAAUUCUGAACUUGUCAUGACAUUACUGUAAAUGUUUUUGACUCGUGGGUGCACAACGAUAGUGUCUAUUUUGUGGCAGUUUUAUUCAAUGGUACAGCUGUUUCAGUUGUCUCAAGCUGACUGUGAAAUGUGUGUUUCAGCAGAAUUAUGUCAGCACUGGUUUGGUCAGAAAUAUUCCAAAUUUGUCAAAGUCUAAUGAAGGGAAGAGCAGAAUUGCUUACAGUGUUUUGAGUGGGGAGA